ACACACACACACUCUCUCUCUCUCUCUCCCUCCCCUUUCUCCUCCCCUUCCUCCACUCCUCCUCAAUCCUCCUCUUUCUGCUUCUCGGUCGCGGUUGUCAGUCGUGGGGACUGCGCCAGAGUGUCAGGAGGCAGAGGGACGGAGAGAGAGAGAGAGAGAGAGAGAGAGAGGGAGCGGAGCGGAACAGAGACAGGAGGAGAGGAGCCCCCGCUCCCAGCCGAGGGGGGGAAAAAGAAAGGGAGCCCACAGAGGAGGAGGAGGAGGAGGAGGAGGAGGAGAAGAACGCCUCCCUCCCUCCCUCCCUGCCCGCGGGGUCGGCGUGGCGAUGGAGGCGGCAGUGCGGGAGAGGGAGCCGGCGGGUAACGGCUCGGCGGUGCCGCCGCCCACCCUGAGCCCGGCCGUGCCGCCCUACGUGAAGCUGGGCCUGACGGUGGCCUACACCGUCUUCUACUCGCUGCUGUUCGUCUUCGUCUACGCGCAGCUGUGGCUGGUGCUGCACUACCGCCACAAGCGCUUCAGCUACCAGACCGCCUUCCUGUUCCUCUGCCUGCUGUGGGCCGCCCUCCGCGCCGUCCUCUUCUCCUUCUACUUCAGGAACUUCGUCACCGCCAACUCGCUGGGGCCCUUUUCCUUCUGGCUGCUGUACUGCUUCCCCGUCUGCCUGCAGUUCUUCACGCUCAGCCUCAUGAACCUCUACUUCGCACAGGUUGUCUUCAAGGCCAAGUCCAAGUACGCACCAGAACUUCUGAAAUACAGAAUGCCCCUGUACCUGCUGUUCCUCUGCAUGAGCCUCGUGUUCCUGCUGGUGAACCUGACCUGCGCCCUGCUGGUGAAGAUGACCAGCGCGGAGGCCAGGACCAUCGUCCUGGUGCGGGUGGCCAUCAACGACACCCUCUUCGUGCUCUGCGCCGUCUCCCUGGCCCUGUGCCUCUACCGGAUCGCCAAGAUGUCCCUGGCCAACAUCUACCUGGAGUCCAAGGGAACGUCGGUAUUCCAGGUCACGAUCAUCGGCGCUACGGUGAUUCUACUGUACACGUCGCGUGCCUGCUACAACCUCGUAGUCCUGGUUCUCCCCAAAACCACGCCCAUCAACUCCUUCGACUACGACUGGUACAACGUAUCUGACCAGGCUGACCUGAAGUCCACUCUGGGGGAUGCUGGCUAUGUCGUUUUUGGGGUGAUCCUCUUCGUGUGGGAACUCCUGCCGACGUCUCUGGUGGUCUUCUUCUUCAGAGUCCGCCGGCCAACACAGGACAGGAGCACCACUGGCAUUCCCAGCCACGUCUUCUCAUCCAGGGGUUACUUCUUUGACAACCCCCGCCGCUACGACAGUGACGACGACCUGGCGUGGAACAUCAUCCCGCAGAACGUCCAGGCCAGCUUGACUGCAGACUGCUAUGACUGGGACAGCAGAGGCAGCAGCUUUGUGGCCUACAUAGGGACAGAGGAGCCCCAAUCUGUAGCGCCUGAGGAGCUGAACCCAUACUGACCCCCCCCCCCCUAACCUCCACCCUAACCUCCACCCUACCCCAACCUAACCACACCCCAACACCACCCCUACACCACCCUACUGCACCUCUAACCCCCACCUUACCACACCCCAACCCCAAACCCUACUACAUCUCUAACCCCCACCCCAAACCCUACCCCCACUCCACCCCUAACCUUCACCCUACCACACCUCAACCCCUACCACCACACCCCCACCUUACCACACCCAAACACCACCCCCAAACCCCCACCUAAUCACACCCCAACACCAACCCCAAACCCUACCCCCACCUAACCACACCCUACCCCCACACCACCCCUAACCCCAACCCUACCACACCCUACACCACUCCACCCCAAACCCCCACCCCAUCCCCCCCCGAUCUGCUCUUUUGCACACGGCCCUUCAGUCCAUAAGCUCCGGGACCUCUCCACCGUUCACAUUGACAUUCCUGUUUUUUUCAUUAUUUUUCAUUUUUUUUACAUUUGUGGUUACUCGUCACGUGUUACAAGAGGAAACUGAAUCCAAUCCAGUCCAAUUGAAGGCCGAUCCAUUUUGGGAUUUCAUGGCAGCCUCUGCUCUUAAAGGGAACAUCCACUCAGAAAAAAAAAAAAAAAACUGUGAAAAUGGUUAUUGGUCGUCCAUUUGCAUUAAUGUAUUUACGUUCAUAGGUAUAAUACUAUUUGUACUAUUUAGCGUGAAACGCACCCCCAACCCCCCACCCACAUCAUCUCAUACCUGGCACUGACAUCACUCAAAACGUGAUCAUAGCACAGCCUGGUGCUAAUAUGUGCAAUACCACAGACCCUAUAAACGCACCAGAUACGCACCUGCACUGAAAUUUGCACUGAAAAAAAGAAAAAUGGUCCGCCUACCACUCACCAUGAGACACUGAUUAAAAAGCAUGUGACCACAUACAAUAUUAGUAAUAAAGUCAGCUGUAAAACAGCACCAGAAACUACAGUUAGCGCCUGGAGCCUGCUGUAGUUAACGAGCAGAGAGGAAGGACACUCAGUUCAGUAUCUGGUACCUGUGAAACUACUUACUCUGGCUCCCCCUAGUGGCCUGGGGGGGAAGAAACUCCGAUGUUUGUGAGCAUGCUAGUCGGAUGGGACCAUAUACUGAAAAUAUACUUUGUGAAUAUCAUUUACAGCAAGUACUUGAUUAUAUUAUGACACAUGAUUCUAAUAUCUUAACGUUUGUGUGGUGUACAUGCCUAAAUUCACCAUUUAAAAAAUAUAUAAAUAGAACCUAAAUAACAGAUUCACUUUUUUUUUUUUUGGUAACAUUCUCACAUAACAUUGUGGCACUUUUAAUGAAAUUUAAUCGUGUGGCCCCUUAUCGUCCGAGAUACGUUGAAGGUUCGAGGAUCAAAAAGGAAGAGAUUACUAUAUUUUGGUUUUGUUUACAGACGUUGUUGGCUGGCGUUACAGGUUUUCGAAGGAAGAGAGCCAUUUUGUAUGGUAUUUUAUAUAUAUUUAGUUUCAUUGCAAUAUCAAGUACGUGUCAGCUUUUGUAUAUCCGCAUAUAUUAGUGCAUACUGACUCUGGACUCUGAAUAAAGGACACUUUGUAGGAAGUUUCA